AUGGCCAUGUUGAGCCCAUGGCCCGUGUGGAAAACUUCGAGAAUGCCUGAGCUUACGCGGAGAGCGGCUCCCCGGCACCCUGAGGCUCGCCGCACAAGCUGGCGUCAAUGGUCGGUCGUGACGGGCGUGCAAAGAUUGCUGCGCCUGUUGACGGCCACGAGUCUGCUCAGAUGGAGAAGGACUCCGACACGAGUGGAGUACUCCAGCCCCGAGCUCCAGGAGCGGGAGCGGACUUGGGAAUAUCGGGUUUUGGCCUUCUAUGUGGUGAGACCCGUGAAGCGGCCAGAGGCCGAGGCCAAAGAGCACAAGAGAUGGUGCAGGUCUCACGGUUUGGUGGGCCGUGUAUGGGUAUCGCACACGGGCAUCAACGUGCAGGUCAGUGGCAAAGCUGCCGACUGCGAGAAGUAUGCGGACUUUGUGGCUGCGCGCUUCGGAGCCAAAGGUGCUCCCAUGGUGUGCAAGCUGGACCCUGUGCGCGAGCCUGCGUUCCCGCACCUCAGGGUGAAGGCCAAGAAGCUAGUGUCGCUCAGUGAUGAGCUGCAGGGUCUCGACAUGACCGACCGGGGUAAGGACUUGGAGCCCAAAGAGUGGCUGCAACGUUUGCAAGGGCUGGAUGAUGGCCAGCCUGGGAAAGUGCUGGACAUCCGCAACAACUACGAGUGGGAGCUGGGGCACUUUGGUCCAGCGAAGCGACCAAACACGGAGGAGCUGAGAGAGAUGACGCCGGAGAGCCUUGGACUGGAGGAAGAGGACAAGGAGACGCCGCUCUACAUGUACUGUACCGGGGGCAUCCGCUGCGAGUUCUUUGGGGCAGCCUUGCGGCGCAGGGGUUUCCGACAUGUGUACAAGCUAAAAGGUGGUGUCCAGCACUACGGCAACACCGUGGGCGCGGAAAACUGGAAGGGCCGGCUCUUUGUUUUCGACCACCGGAACUCCGUGCCCGUGGGCGCAGAGGGCCAGUCGGAGAUGCAGUCCUGCUCGCUUUGCGGGGGAGGAACCGCUGAGGCUGCCUGGAAAGACGCCUGGGACUACUCGUCCAUGAGCCUGGCCAUGCUCUUCGGCAGCGUGAUCGCUGGAUCCAUGCCGCUGGGCGGCGGCGUGGUGGCCUUCCCCGUGGCAGUGCUCUUUAUCCACUUCCAGGCGGGCGAGGGCCGGGACUUUGCGCUGCUCAUCCAGUCUGUGGGCAUGUCGGCGGCCAGCUUUGCGAUCCUUUACACGAAGAGCUACUUGUGCCACACCUGGCUCAUCUUCUGCUGCGUCUUCUUCGGGGUGCUGGGAAUGCUUUUGGGCUUCGAGAAGCCGUUGCAGAGCCGCGGCGUGGCCAUCGGCUUCACCACCACGGUGAGCUGCUUCGCGGUGGCCUUCUUUUACAGCAAGGUCUUGAGCGGCAGAAAGUCCGAGAACGUGCCACAUAUCAAUGUGAGUCCCUGGGAGUUUCUGGAACACCAGCAAUUUCAACAUGGCCGCGGCUGGCAAUAUUUUGGACGCCAUGUUCCAUGGGUUCUGACCUUCUUGGUCGCAAUCUUUGGCGUCGUGGGCGGCUAUCUGAGUUCCAAUCACGGCUCAGGUGCAGAUAUGUGCUCCUACAUCUUCGGGGUUUUUAUAUGGAACUACUUGGCGCCGGAGUCAGCGCAGAUGUCGGAGACCAUGCUGACUGCCUCCUCAGUGGUGAUUAUGGCCGUUUGCAGUUUGGUGGGCUCGUUGGUGCGAGCACUCACAGGGGACAUCUCAAAUCAGGUCCUUCUUUGCUGGGCGGCCUGUGCUCCGAUCGUGGUCAUCGGAGCUCCCUUGGGAUCCCUCUUCCUCACUUCGCGCAUGGCGCUCAUCCUCAGGCGCUGUUUCUUUGUCUUCGUCCUCGUCAUGUUCGUGUCCAUGGGAAUUUGGAGCCUUUCGGAUGACCUUGCAUCCUGGCUCGCGGUUGCCGCCGCGCUUGCCAUGACCAUCUUCUGUUUGGCCACUCACUUUGCAUGCUUUGUUCAAGGCCCCCAAAAAGUCGACCUGCCUCAAGUGUAG